AUGUUACAUAUUAACAAAUUGGACUCACUUAUGAGAGAGGAGUUACACAUAACAGCUACCUCAUUAGAACGGAAUGAGAUAUACGAAAUAUAUCUGAGGUUGCAUCACUUUAUGGGCACAUUCAUGGGUAGUGGAAUAUUCAGGGCAAAUGAGCUCGGAGAGAUUGAUUUGACUAGGAUGGCUCCGAUAAGAGGAACAUAUACCGGUAUACGACCUAUGGGACUAUUCGAAGGUAUGCUACCAUGUGAAGAUUUUCGUUACGGGGACUAUUUCAAGUGUACACCACCAAAUCCACUCAAAUGUGAAAUUGAACUGCGUAACAGGACUGGAAAAGUCUUGUACUCUCUACCAAUUAUAAAACGAUGGAUGCAUCCAGACGUAAUUCGACGAGAAAUCGAUGAAGAUGGAUUAUGUGGAACACUGUUCAAACCACCAGGAGAUGGUCCAUUCCCUACUAUCCUUGAUAUUUGUGGAACUGGUGGUGGUCUUAAUGAACAAAAAGGUGCAACAUUAUCGGCGGAAGGAUUCUGUGUACUCUCCUUAGCGUUUUUCCAAUACAAAACACUUAUCGAAGAUUUGAAUGAUCUUGAUAUGAAUUAUUUUAAGAAAGCGAUUCAUUGGUUGAUAGCAUUACCGUUCACUAAAAAUGAAAUUGGUAUACAAGGAGUUUCACUUGGAGGAUUACUUGUUAAUAUGCUUGCAGUGAGGAAUCCGGAGAUAGUGGCAGUGUGCUCUAUCAAUGGUACUCAUAUACUCGGUGAAACGACAAAGAUUAAAGAAAAUGGCGUGGAUCUUCCCUAUGGAGAGACUCCAGUUGAGAAGAUCUACUUCCUCAAUCAAACUUUGUGUAACGAUAGAGCGGUAAAAGAAAUGACAUAUACUGAGGAUGCAGAUAUCAAGGUGGAAACAGCUCCAAAACGCACAGCUUUCAGAUAUGUGGCUUCCCUGGAUGACCUAUCCACUCCAUCAAUAUUUGUCACACGAUUACACGAGAAAAAACUAAAGGACACCGGUCAUUAUGUUGAGGUAGAUUUUGCUCCAGGAGGACAUUUAAUGGAACCACCAUAUUUUCCCUCACAACCAUUUGUGUACGCUAAAUUUACAGGUUGUUACCAUGCAUACGGUGGUGAACCAUGUUUACAUGGUGCAUCACAAAAUAAGAUAUGGCCGAAUACAAUCGCAUUUUUUAAACGAUUCCUUGGUGAAACGAAACCGUUACCGGAUUAUUCAACAACAAACGAAGCACCACGUUCACAUUUAUAA